UCCCUCCUGGUCUGUAUGUGUCCCGUUUCUUUGCUUGCCUUCGUUUAUGUGGGAAAAUGUCCCAAGCCUAGUUCCGCUGUAGAUUGCGUGGUCAGAAUUUGGGUUCUUGCUUGCUUUGGGGAAGGACUUCCGGAUGCUCGGGGUUGAAGAAACUUAGUCCUGAUUAGAUGUUUUAAAGUGUACUCAGCAAAUUCAUGUCCAAUUUGGCGCACUAAGCUGCUUCCUGUGGCUGGAUCUUGGUGGAGCCAUUUCAAGUGCAGAGCCCUCCCUGCUUCUGGAGCUUUGUUUGGUCCCAGGAAAAUUAGAAGGCAAAAAUAUUAUCCCGAGUUUUAAUCCUGUCGAUUGUUUAACGAAUUGCCCCAUUUGGUGGACAGAAUCGCCCAGGGGCUACCACAUAUUGCUGGUGAUGGUUUGAUGGAGGUGGUUGACAAGAUUGCCGAGCCAGAGGGCCCUUCGGUGGCCACUGCUCAGCAGCCAAAUAAUUUAGAGUUGCCAGCAUCAGCAGUGAUAGAUGCAGCUAGGGAAGGGGAGGGCACAGAGCAGCCCGAUGAGAAGGACCCGUCGGCAGAAUUCGGGGAGAGCUUCCGGUUCCGGGGCGAGGAAUCGUCGGAUGAGGGUGGCCAAAGUUCGUUCUCCGGGGCGAGCCACCCGCCGGAGCCAAUUGAUGUGGAUCUUAUGAGCACCGUGUAUGUUUCGGUUGACGAGGAGAAGCCCGGGCCACCGGGGUGCUUGCUGCGAGGCCCGUCAGCCAAAGCACCGUCCAUGGAAGAAAUCGCUGUCCAUGCGACGGAUGUGAAGAACCCCAAUGUGGUUGGUUUGGUUGAAGAGAUGAAGGUGCCCGGUGCCCCUGUUCCAGAGCCUCCUGGCGAGGCCGCGCCCUCAACUCGGCCGUCGUCGGAGAAGGAUCGCGUGUGUGGUGCAUCCCUCCCUCCCGGUGGCAAUGGCAGUCCUCACAGCGGCAGUGACAGCGCCGGUGUCCUCGCUGCCACAAGCAUCAGGCACAGCUGCACAAGCACAAGCAGAACCGGAUCCAUUGCCAGUGAGCCCGUGGUGACCGCCGGGAGGAGGACGCAAGACAGCGCAAAGGGCAGCUUCCGAGGCAGCUCAACGGAGAGCAUGAAGACCAGCGCGAGCCAAGCGAGCGACAGCAGCGACGACAGCCGCUGGAGCAACAACGUCACCGGCGCCGCCAGCAAGCCGCACAAGGGCAACGACCCUCGGUGGCGGGCGAUCCUCGCCGUCCGGGCCCGGGGCGGCGCGCUCGGGAUGAGCCACUUCAGGCUGCUGAGGCGGCUGGGGUGCGGCGACAUCGGCAGCGUGUACCUGUCGGAGCUGAGCGGGACGAGGUGCCACUUCGCGAUGAAGGUGAUGGACAAGGCGUCGCUGGCGAGCAGGAGGAAGCUGAGCAGGGCGCGGACGGAGAGGGAGAUCCUGCAGCUCCUGGACCACCCGUUCCUCCCCACCCUGUACACGCACUUCGAGACCGACCGCUUCUCGUGCCUGCUCAUGGAGUUCUGCCCCGGCGGCGACCUGCACGCGCUGCGGCAGCGGCAGCCGCGGAAGCACUUCUCCGAGUACGCGGCGAGGUUUUAUGCUGCGGAGGUGCUCCUGGCUCUGGAGUACCUGCACAUGCUGGGGGUGGUCUACCGGGACCUGAAGCCGGAGAACGUGCUGGUGCGCGACGACGGCCACAUCAUGCUCUCCGACUUCGACCUGUCGCUGCAGCAGUGCGCGGUGUCGCCGACGCUCGUCAGAGCUCCGGCGUGCGACUCCGACCCCAGGAGAGCAGGCGGCGCCUUCUGCGUGCGGCCCUCCGCCUGCAUGGAGCCCUCCGCGGCCUGCGUCCAGCCCGCGUGCUUCAUGCCCAGGCUGUUCGGCCAGAGGAGCAUGAGGCGGCGGCAGGGUUCCGAGCUCGGGCAGGGCGUGCCGGAGCUGGUGGCGGAGCCGACGGCGGCGCGGUCCAUGUCGUUCGUGGGGACGCACGAAUACCUGGCCCCGGAGAUCAUCAAGGGCGAGGGCCACGGCAGCGCCGUCGACUGGUGGACCCUGGGCGUCUUCCUGCACGAGCUGCUCUACGGCAGGACGCCCUUCAAGGGGUCGGGCAACCGCGCCACGCUCUUCAACGUCGUCGACCAGCAGCUGCGCUUCCCGGAGUCGCCGUCCACGAGCUACGCCGCCAGGGACCUCGUCAGGGGCCUGCUGGUCAAGGAGCCGCAGCAGCGGCUCGGCGUCAAGCGGGGCGCCGCCGAGAUCAAGCAGCACCCCUUCUUCGAGGGCGUCAACUGGGCGCUCAUCCGGUGCAGCACGCCUCCCGAGGUGCCCAAGCACGUCGAGGCCGAGCCACCGGCCAAGUGCGGGCCGACCCACCAGCCUCCGGCGAGCAAGACGGUGAUCGGCGCCGCCGAGGUGAAGUCCGGCGGCAAGUUCCUCGACUUCGAGUUCUUUUAGACCACAGCAUCGGCCCUUUAUUUUCCUUUUCAGUCUGUCCCUGGCUCUGAUUCGACCAGUGUUAUUUAAGCUUGCGAGUUUGUAAAAAUACAGCAUGGAAACCAGGGCAGGAGAUUUAUCAUAGUAUACUGGUAGUAUAACUGAGCCAUUGAAUCAGAA